CUGGGGGUGUGCGGAUUCUCCGGAUCUAGGUGCGUCCGGCAGAGGAGUCCGGGGCGGGCGAGUGCCGGUUCAAACAGGAUCCGAGGUGGAAGCGCACUGGCCGGUUGAGUCUAACUUGGAAGACAGCAUGACAAUCAAUUAUUGAAAUAACCUCAAGAAUAAGGAUGCUGUUAUAAACAAAGAUCAAGAACCAUGCCAGCAACUUAAAUGAGAACACACGCCAGGCAUAUUCAGAAUUGAUUGAAAUUCUGUUCUGCAAAAUGGAACAUUUCUGUCUUAAUUUUCUUGCUUCAGAGAAGCGUAAACUGUCCUCAAACAAAAUUAUUUUAUGUAUUUUUGUUAUAACAUGCUUAUCAGCUCUAGUUUAUACUGAUGAGGACUAUUAUAAAUUGCUUGGAUUAUCAAAAAGCGCAACUAAUCGCCAGAUAAGGCAAGCAUUUAAGAAACUUGCACUCACAAUGCAUCCUGACAAAAAUCCGAAUAAUCCAGAAGCACAUGACAACUUUUUGAAAAUUAAUAGAGCUUACGAAGUUUUGAAAGAUGAAGAUCUUCGAAAAAAGUAUGAUAAAUAUGGUGAGAAAGGCCUUCAGGAUCACCAGGGUGGACAGUACGAAAGUUGGAACUUCUAUCGUUAUGACUUUGGCAUUUAUGAUGAUGAUGUUGAAAUAAUAACAUUGGAUAAAGGAGACUUUGAUGCUGCUAUUACCUCUGGAGAAUUGUGGUUUGUAAACUUCUACUUCCCUCGUUGUUCGCACUGCCAUGACCUAGCUCCUACGUGGAGAGAAUUUGCCAAAGAGAUGGAUGGAGUAAUCCGUAUAGGAGCAGUCAACUGUGGAGAUAACCGAAUGUUGUGUCGUUCCAAAGGCAUCACCAGUUAUCCAAGUCUUUACAUCUUUAAACCAGGAGAGGGCGCAGUGAAAUAUGUUGGAGAUCGAUCAAAGGAACAACUUAUCCAAUUUGCUAUGAAGUAUGUCACAACCCAGGUGACAGAAUUAUGGUCAGGCAAUUUUGCAAGUGCAUUCAAUACGGCAUUCUCUUCUGGAGUUGGAUGGCUGGUCACUUUUUGUGCUAAAACAGGAGAUUGCUUAUCUUCACAGACACAACUAAAGUUAGCCGGAAUGCUGGAAGGACUUGUUGAAAUUGGCUGGAUGGAUUGCACAACUCAGGUUCAACUUUGUACAGAUUUAGAAAUGACUUCUAGUACAACAGCUUAUUUUCCACCUGGUUCGACCAUAAAAGAGAAAGGCGGGAUCUUGUUCCUAAAUAGCCUGGAUGCCAGAGAAAUUUAUGUUGAGGUUAUGCAGUACUUACCAGAUCUGGAAAAGCUGACUGAACAAUCAUUCCAGAACAAGUUAACACACCAUCGCUGGCUGAUUUUCUUUAAGUUUGGUGGCACAGUAGAGCCUGGUGAUUAUGAAUUCAAAAAAACCAAAGUUCUUUUACAAAGUGACAAUAUCCAGGUUGGAACAUUUGACUGCCAUGAAGGAUCACGUAUCUGCAAGAGCCUCUAUAUCCACCAACCUUCUGUUGUAAUAUUCAAAGGCGGUGGAACACGAGCCUUUGAAAUACAUCAUGGUAAAAAGGUUCUCUAUGACAUUGUGUCCUUUGCAAGAGAGAGCAUCAAUGCACCUGUUAUCACACUUAGUCCGAAAAAUUUUCCAAAGAACGACAGGGAACCUUGGCUUGUGGAUUUCUUUGCACCAUGGUGUCCUCCCUGUCGUGCCCUUUUGCCUGAACUGCGUAAAGCUUCUAAACAAUUAGUUGGUCAGCUUAAGUUUGGAACAUUGGAUUGUACAGUCCAUGACAGUUUAUGCAAUACACAUGGUAUCCAAGCUUAUCCAACAACAUUAAUAUUCAAUCAAUCCAAUGUUCAUGAAUAUGAAGGCCAUCAUACAGCUGAUGAACUUCUGGAGUUUAUUCAGGAGCUUAUAAGUCCCUCAGUAAUAGCACUAACGCCAGAGAAUUUUGAAGGAUUAGUUAGAAGGAGAGCACAAGAUGAAAUUUGGAUGGUCGAUUUUUAUGCUCCAUGGUGUGGCCCAUGCCAAGCUUUAAUGCCAGAAUGGAAGAGAAUGGCCAGGAGGCUGAAUGGAACAGUCAACGUAGGCAGUAUGGACUGUCAGAAGUUCUAUUCUAUGUGUCAGAAGGAAAAUGUGCAGGCCUAUCCAGAGAUCCGACUGUACCCAUUGAAUGCUAAAAAUAUGUACAAGUACUAUAGCUAUUCUGGUUGGUCCAGGAAUGCAGAGUCACUUGGGUCAUGGGCAUUGGGAUUUCUUCCUCAAAUCUCCGUAGAAUUAACACCAGAAGAUUUUACAAGACAAGUAUUAAAAGGAAAGGAGCAUUGGGUAGUUGAUUUCUAUGCUCCGUGGUGUGGUCCUUGUCAGAACUUUGCUCCAGAAUUUGAACUUCUUGCUAAGUCAAUCAAAGGUGAAAUUAAAGCAGGAAAGGUGGACUGUCAGAGUAACCCACUCACUUGUCAAACAGCUGGUAUCAGAGCUUAUCCUACUGUUAAAUUCUAUCCAUUCCAAGGAGAAAAGAAGAAAAAUGCCGCAGGAGAAUAUAUAAACAGUAGAGAAGCAAAAAUGAUAUCACAGUUGCUGAGGAAGCGAUUGGAAGAGCUUCAACCAAAGUCAAAAGAUGCAUUUUCAGCUAAAAAGGAUGAACUAUAAACUUGUGAUCUCUGGAAAGGCUGAGGAACAAUGUCAACUGGAAAUCUGCAGCAAAAGAAAUCUGAAAUGUGAAGCAAAUAAAUUUUAACAUAACAUAAUUCAAUUUGCUUGUGGAAUAUGAGAUAAAACUCAUUCUAUGGACUAAAGUUAUUCACCUGAUUUUAAACCGAGAUGAACAAUUGUGGAAUGAUGCACCCAAGCAAGUUCGUCAUUGGCAAGCUGAUCAAAGUUCCUUAUUCACUACAUAUUUUCCCACAUUUUACCAUGUUGAAAUUUAUAUGGUAAUAUUUUUGACAUCCAUUGUCCAGCUAUCCCGCAAUAUUUCUGAAAGUUUGCUUUGAGUGUUUAAUGUUUCCACUCCAAGAAGCAUCACUCCAUUCAUCUAGUACGGUAUAUGAAUUGAGAAACUGAAACUUCUUACUACCAGCCAUCUCUGCUGUAAUGUGUUUUGCUAUCGGUUGCAAGUUGAAGGGAUCACUGGUAUUAUUAUGCACUGAUGAUAUAAAUUAUGUGGAAAAGAUAGUUUUCUUUUGGAGAAUACUAGAUAUUUGAUUUUUUUUGUAGAAUGCUUCAAUAAAGUAGUUGGGAGUAAUGCACAUUAGUGCACGAUUAUGCUGAUGCUGGUGAACCCAAUUAAAUUUGUAUUCAUUUCCUUUUAUGUACUGUUGGUUUUGUUGGAUUAUAUUCCUUUUAUGGUUUCCUUGUUUGUGGAAUUGUUUUGUUUUAAGGACUAAGCACAAUUAGUGAACAUUCCUUUUAUAAAUUGAAAAUCAAUGCAUUUGUAGCUGUGGCUACUUGCAAUAAAUUCUAGGAUUUUAGUUGAAGUCUGUUGCAUGGGCAUCGUUCAAUUUAAUAUGACCCAAUAUUUAAAAGUCAACCAGUUCAGAAUGUUUUAUAAUGUGAAUUCUAAGUGUAAGUUACUUCAGCAUUGAACUUUCUGACAUGGUUUUGAGAUCUGUAAUGAAAGAACAGUUAUUUUUCAAUUGAACGCUCGUGCUGUGCAGGAAGAUCUCCUAGCAAUGAAGUGGCUGCCCUUGGUUUACAUAGUACUUGAUUUCUGCUAAGAAAAAUCUAGAUUUUAGGAAUAUGGCACGUUUGGAAAUAAGAUGUUGUCAGUUUUUGGAAGUUUGGAACAUUUUACUAACUAACUGCUGAAUCAGUUCAAAAAACAAGCCUGGGUGUUUAUUUUGAUAUAUUGCAGUUGUACUUCAGGGAAAAAUCACUGACACUUCAUAUUGGACAAACACUGACCAGAAUGAACUUUUAACUAUUUUGUAAGUUACAUUUUGAGUGUCCAAUGCAUUGUGUCUCAAAGUUGUUCUUGGCUAGUUGACAUUCUUUGAACAUAUUUCAUAUAAACAUAUUUCUUUCCUAAUUGAACAUUUCACACAUGCCUUAAAUCACUUCAGAGUAGUGUUAAUUAGUCUUCAAAGCUUUGAAGUCAACCAAAGUAAAUUUUAACUUUUUAGUUUUUAAAACUGCACUCUUGUCACAACUGCUCAGAAAAAUAACUGGACAAACAACCAAAAGGAAAAUCCAGUGAAAAUUCUACUUUUUAAAAAAUUCUGGGAUUUAUAAACUAUCUGUUCACAUGUAAGUUCUGAAAGGAUAAUAUUAGAACAAUUGCACUUUUUAGUCAUUGUUGCAUUUACAGUAAUUUUAUAUAGUUUAAUAAAAUAAGAAUACAGUUCAUACAAGUUGUUGACUCUUUAGUCAAUAUUCUACUUCAUGUAUUACUUGACCGUCGCCAAAUUGCUGAUAAUUAGAUUAAUUAGAAAUAACAAUCACCGAAGAAUAUUUUAACAGUGAAGUGGCCUUACUCCCCUGAAUGGAAACUGUGCUAAAGGAAUGUUUCGUUUUGGUGUUGUACUUGAUUCAUUGCUGAACAGUCAACUUUUUGUGGUUGGGUGUCAGUAGAUCAAUUUUCUUUAUACAAGCUUGGUAGUCCAUCUUGUUCAGAAAUUAGUUUUUUUUUGCAAUUUUUUUGUAUUUGGAAAUUAAGGCAUGGUUUGUGUAAUAGUUUAUAGCUAGCAAGGACAACACCAAAAAUAAACUAUAUCAAAGGCUGUCAGGAUGUAGCUUAAUUAAUAUUUAAACAUCAAAACUGCACAUCAUAAAUGGCUGUCUGCUAGGCUUUGAAGGUAUUUUGCAGAUACAAGUUACUAAAGUUACAGAAGUUGUGACAGGAAACAUCUAACAGAAUCAAUUACCCUCUCUAUGUAUUACGUCAUGCAUUUCCUUGACACUUGCUAAUUGUAAGGACUUGAGCUAUUGCUCCUGGCCCCUAAUGUUGCACCACAGUUAUGCCUGACUUUUAACACAAUGCUGUGCUUUCUGGGUGACAGAGUGCAAGUCAUCUGGUUUCAUUUAUGUUAUUUUAAUCCAUACAUCAUCAAAGUAGAUCUUUCUUUUCUCUGCUACUUUUACAGGCUAGUGCUAGAAAACAAUCAUUAUAAGAUAUAUUAAGAGAAAGAUUACUUAUUUGAAGUGAAACAAAUCUUUGAUACCUUUGCAGAUGCUGCUGGCUGAUGUCAAAUCCAACUUUAGGUUCCUGACUUCUAUACUGCUGUACCUUGCCUCUGGCAUCUCUGUCGCCUGACCUGAGAUCCAAAUAAGAUUUUGCUGAAAAGUAGGAAGGAAAGCAAGAUUUUGACCCUGAAAUAAAAGGAAACUGCAGAAAAUUAGCAGGUCUGGCAGCAUCUGUCAGAGAGGAACAAUGUUAACUAUUUGUAUCAAAUAUGAUUUUUCUCCAGAAUUUGUGAUUUUACUUCAGAUAUCUAGUGUCUGCAGCACUGCUUUUAUUUGAAGAUUUUUUUAACCCUAAUAUUUGCAGCUUGGAGGGAGUGUAGCAACAGCAGAGUUAAUAACAGUGAUCUAUAAGUAGGCUGACUCUGGAGCGAGUUCCAGCAUUCCCACUCAUAUUCCAGACAUUGUCAAUUUUCACCAAAACAAGAUAUCGGUGUAAGUAAUGAGCCCAUAUCUACACUCCUGCCUAACCAGCCUCUUUUUAAUCUUGAGCCCCCACAGUUGCCAUGGAGUCAGUCCAACUGCUUGAUGACUCAUACUUCACAACCCUUUAGUGCUCUCAGUAAUCUGGAUCUGGUAACCUUUUGAAAGAUAAAUUUUAAAAGAUUUUACCCAUUGCUACCUUGCCCUUCCCCACCCCCACACUGACCCAAGCCAUUACAGUUGUGUUUGAGGGAGGAUGCUGGGGCUUGAACAAACUGGAUCCUACAUUGCUAACUUCACCUGCUACUGCAGUACACACAGAUUACAGUACUAUUUAAACCUGUAUAACCAGAUCAGCAUCAAAAGCAUUCUGGCUUUUAAGUAUAACGUGAAUGUUUGUUAAAAGAAAUGCAAAGACUGCAAUAAACUAAAAAUAAAGAA